CCGCCCCUGGUGACGUGCCGUGCUCAGCUGUGCGGUAAACAGCGGCGCGAGCAGUUGCGGAUUGAUGCCGACUCCAGCGCGAGUCAGGAGGCGACAUGUGUUAUCAGACCCUCUGGUCCACCUCCACCUCCGCCCCGCGGCACUGAUGAAGCCUCCUCUGCCGGAGCCACAGCGGGCCGAAGGGCGGAUAGAGGAGAGAGAGGAUGUACUGGCGCAUCGGCUUCGCCUGGAGCCGCUCCUGCGCGCUUGAGCUGGGCCUGAACAAGAGCUUCUCGCUCGGCUUGAGCGGCUCCGGGGAGCAUCUGUCGCUGUAUGGGUACAUCAUUGCCUACCCGCUUCAGGAGUACGGAGGGAUCAUGUCUGCGUUAGGAUUUGACUCCUGGUGGAGAAAAACGCUCUACAUCACCGGGGGCGCGCUGCUCGCCGCCGCUGCCUAUUUACUACACGAGCUGCUUGUCAUUAGGAAGGAACAGGAGUUGGACUCUGAAGACGCCAUCAUUCUUCACCAGUUUGCCCGGCCCAAAACUGGAGUCCCUAGCCUGUCCCCCUUUUGCCUGAAGAUAGAAACGUACCUGCGGAUGGCGGACCUGCCCUACCAGAAUUAUUUCGAUGGGAAGUUGUCUCCUCAAGGGAAGAUGCCGUGGAUCGCAUAUAAUAAGGAGCAGGUGUUCGGGACAGAGUUCAUCAUCGACUUCCUGGAGGAGAAGCUCGGCGUGAACCUCAACUCCAGCCUGAGUCCUCAGGAGAAAGCAAUCUCACGCGCCAUCACCAAAAUGGUGGAGGAGCACUUCUACUGGACGAUAGCAUACUGUCAAUGGGUGGACAAUGUGGAGGAGACGCAGAAGAUGUUAGCCACAACCGGGCCUCUGAGUGACCUGCUCAGUUGGAUCUUGAGUCAGGUGACCGGCAGCAUUGUGAAGAGAGAGAUGUACGGCCACGGGAUCGGACGCUUCUCCAAAGAGGAGGUUUAUUCUCUGAUGGAGAAAGACAUGCGCACCCUUGCCACAUUCCUCGGCAAUAAAAAGUAUCUAAUGGGCCCGAAGCUCUCCACAGUAGACGCUGCUGUAUUUGGUCAUCUCGCUCAGGCCAUGUGGACUCUCCCAGGAACACGUCCGGAGCAGUUAAUCAAAGGCGAGUUCAUCAACCUGGCCAUGUACUGUGAGCGAAUCCGUCGGAAAUUCUGGCCAGAGUGGUUUGUGGACGUCGACGACCUUUACUACGACGGACUGAGCGAGGAGCCGGAUUCUCCUUCCCAGCUUCCAGAUUUGGGUCUGUACUCACGCAGUGGCAGCUUCCAGGAGCAGGAGAGCGCUCUGUCACACCAUGACACGCCGUCACCGGACAGCGACGCCACCGGACACUCUCUGUUCGACUCGGACAUGGACACCGAAUGCUCGGAAAUGGAGCAGUUGAAGUGAAAACCACACCUCCUUGAUGAGGCAUCUGCACGGGCCCCGCCCCCUUUGUUCUCCCUCAAGCCCUUUAGCAGGGGAAGAGCUGGUCAAAUAAAGAUGUGGUGAAGUGACAGCGGUUUUCCCAGACUCUGAGCACGGGAUGGCAAUAAAGCAGUCGGGAAAGGUAUUCUGACACUUUUUAAUUAAUGAGAAAGAGGAUUUUAUUAAACGAGGGAAGGCCAGGCUAUAGAGAAUCCAGGAAGAAAACAGAAUAAAAAAAGAGUGAGAAUGAUGCUACAGCUAAAUCACUCCUCCUGCGGUGUGACAUCAUCACUGCGCUCGAAAUCAGCAGAGUGACAUCAUCUCAUGUGACCACUCCCCAUUCACCGAGUGUGUUUGUAGCUAAACAGCACUUCUUACAUCCUGGGUUUAUUAGUAUACGGGUAGACAGACAGAAAGAAGGAUUUUGGGUGAUGAUUGAAAUGUGUAGAUACUUGAUUGAUUUAGACGGAAUCAUUUCUCAUAGUCCAUCUAAAAUUAAUGUCCAGUUUUAUUCAGUCAAAUCUAGAAAGCUAAGACCGGAAUAUGCAGAGCGAGAAAGCUGAUUGAUAGUUAUUAUGAAAAUGUUAGUCUAACGGUUUUUUUUCUUCUUUUUUUUUCUCAAACCAUUGCAGCAUAGCAGAAUUCCCAAAUUGAUGAUCUUGCCAUUUAAAUUUUUUAUGGCCAAUUAUGCAAUGCAUUAAUGAAUAAUUCACCCAAAAAUGAAACCUCUGUAAUUUAAUCAUCCUUAUAUCAUCUCUAGUCUAUAUGACAUAACGGACACAUAUUAAACAAAGUUUAUGAUUUUUUUCAAACAAUAAAAGCGUACAGUGACCAGAGACUAUCAAGAUCUAAAAAGCAUCAUAAAAGCUUUAAAAAAAAAUAUAUAUAUAUAUAUAUAUUACAUGGAAUUAUUUAUUUUGAUAAAGUUUGCCUUUUUUGGAGUAUCAUAUUUGAUACAUCUGGCUUUUAUGGUUUUAUGGUUUAUAUAAUAUGAUAUAUGGGCAUAUGGAGAUCACACUCAAUUUGCUCUAGGCGUAACAGACUAUUUACAUAAAAUGCAUAUAAAUAUCAGCUGGAUGUAUCAUAUUUGAUGCUCACAUUUUAAAAGUUAAAGUUUUUGACGUUCUUUUUAUGCUUACAAAAAGAAGUGUACCACAACAUUUUGGAAAGAUACAAAGAUCAAAAGUAUAAACCAUCAGUCAGACGAGACAACAUAAGGCAUGUAGUGUUUUUUUCAAAAGAAAAUUGAGCAUGUUCAUAAUCUUUAUUUAACUAAAGUAUUUAACUUUGCACAUGAAACAAGGUUUAACAUCAUUCAUAUCUCAUCACUACUCCCUGGCUGCAUAUUUGAAUAUUGACAAAUUCUUAUUUGAUUUUCACUGAAUUAUUCAUAUAGGAGCAAAUAUGGUGAAUAUAUAAAUAUAAAAUGACAAAUAUGGUCAUUUAUUGGUUUGUGUUUCAAAGGCUGUUUUCAGUAACAAGACGAAGAUUCUGAAUCAGUUGAAUGCAGCCGCACUAUUUAAAUCUAUAUAAAGCGAGACUCGUGUGUGCAGAUGUUAUAUGUGCUGAAUGUGUAGCUAAAAACAUCACUUCAGAUUGGGAUCUGUGAUUGUGCAAGAGCGCCUCCUGUGGGCAGCAUCAUGACUGAAAACACUGGACCAGAAUAGAACAGAAUACCCUGGUAAUGCAGCCAUUACAGAAGGAGACGCAUAACACAAUACAGAUGGAGACAGACAGUAUGUGUGUGUGUGAGUGUGUGUGUGUCCAUCUGCUGCAUGACUGAGUCACUGAGUCAUCGUCACACAUGAACACACUCGCAGGAAUGAUCUCCCAGGGGCCGAUGCACAGCGAAUGAGACUUAUGUUUUUUCUGUUCCGUAGUGAGAUAAAAUCUGUAUCUUGCUGUGCCGUACAAACUUCCUUCCUGUUACCACAAAUGCCCUUUUAAUACCAUGAGCAUAAUCUUGCAUUAAGAUGCCGUCUCUAUAGAGCACUUCUUAGAAAAAUAUGGGAAGUGUCUUGCCAUUUUUACACCCUUUAAAUGCAAAUGUACUUAUCUGAUGUUUGUUCAAAUGCAACGUUAUAAGGAAAUGUGUAGGAAAAACGGUUUAUAUAAACAUCAGGUUAAUUAACUGGUGCUUUGUUAGAAAUAAAAGGUUCGCAUGCCAGUAAUUAUUUAAACGUGCCAAAGACUUAAAGGAACGGUUCACCCAAAAGUGAAAAUUUGCUGUGAAUGGGUGCCGUCAGAAUGAGAGUCCAGACAGCUGAUUAAAAACAUCACAAUAAUCCACACCACUCCAGUCCAUCGAUUAACAUCUUGUGAAGAUAGA